GGACUGAAACACGACAACUAACUGUAAAAUGGACACUGUAAACACUUCCCUUGCCGAUUCCACAGAGAUUAUGACCGGGGUAAGUGAGUUUAUGGAAAAAUACACGGACGAGAUCUUGGGGCACGGUAAGGUCUCCGCGCGUAAUUUUGGAGAGCAGGGGUCUUUACGCAGCAGCGCACCUGGAUCAAGCGUCGACACCGUGGCUGAGCUUUCUGUCCUCGAUUUGCCUCUCGAUACCAAACCGUAUACUGAUCACAUGGAAGAAUUUCUGAAAGUCGAACCCGGACACUGGAGCGUAUUAUCAAGCAAAGUCCUGAAAGAUACAUUUGCUCAGGAGAGCUCAUCUGGGAUGGGUGCGUUUAUCAAAGACGAGCAGAAGCAAUCUCUGAUUAUGGAGCACCCCAGCACUGACUUCGAUCUCGGGAUAAACAUCAGCGAUCUGGAUGGCUGCUGUGACCCCGAUAACAAGCAGCCGUGCGGGUACAAUGAAGACUCGACGACUUUGCUUUCAUCUCAAGGUGCGCAACAGGUGGUGGACAGUUCUUCCAACUUUCAGCUGGACGUGAGUCAGUCGAACGCAUUGGUUUUGCCACCUCAGAGGAGAGCAUCACCAUCUCUCGGUAGGGGUAUGGUGAAUUUCAAUGGUACGAGCGCAUCUCCAAUAGGCCUAAUGGCCAAAACUGACAUCUCCAAAUGGGUGGUCCAGCAACUGCCUGCUGACUCUCACUUUUGGUAUCAGUCCACUAAUGUGAAUGAAGAGCACGUUGUCUACUCCUCACCAGAUAGCUUUAUCCAGCGCACACAGACAGGCUAUGGUGUAUUCCAAGGGGUUCCAUGUCAAAGACUGUGUGUUAUAUGUGGAGAUGAAGCAUCGGGUUGUCACUAUGGAGUUCUGACUUGUGGAAGCUGCAAGGUGUUUUUCAAGAGAGCCGUUGAGGGUCACCAUAACUACCUGUGUGCUGGAAGAAAUGACUGCAUUAUUGAUAAAAUCAGACGGAAAAAUUGUCCUGCGUGUCGUCUUAGAAAGUGCUACCAGGCAGGGAUGAUGCUCGGAGGCCGUAAGAUGAAGCGGUUCGGGGGUUUGAAGGUCAUGGGUUUGAGUCCAUCUCUGAUGUUCCAGAGUCCGCUGUCCCUUAUGGCUGAUGUUCAGAGCAUGUCCUCUCUGCCGUGUAUGUCGGCCAUCCGUGAGCUUCAGCUGUCUCCACAGAUGAUCAGUAUUCUGGAGAGCAUCGAGCCGCAGGUGGUCUACUCUGGCUACGACAACUCACAACCGGAAGUUCCCAACCUUCUACUCAACAGUCUCAACAGACUUUGCGAGCGGCAGCUUCUCUGGAUUGUCAGGUGGUCCAAGUCUCUUCCAGGUUUUCGCAAUUUGCACAUCAAUGACCAGAUGACGUUAAUUCAGUAUUCCUGGAUGAGUUUAAUGGUGUUUUCACUGGGUUGGAGGACGUUUCAGAAUGUCCCCACAGAUUAUCUGUACUUUGCUCCAGAUCUCAUUUUAAAUCACGAUCAGCUGAGAAGAUCUCCGAUCUACGACUUGUGCUUGGCUAUGAAGUUAAUUCCACAAGAAUUUGCCAACCUGCAAGUGACCAAAGAUGAGUUUCUGUGCAUGAAGGCGUUGAUGCUUCUCAAUACUGUUCCUCUGGAAGGCUUGAAGAGCCAGUCGCAUUUUGAUGAGAUGAGACAAAACUACAUCUGUGAGCUGACAAAAGUCAUCCAGCUGAGAGAGAAAGGAGUGGUUGGCAGUUCUCAGAGGUUUUACCACCUGACCAAACUCAUGGACUCGAUGCAUGAGAUUGUGAAGAAGGUCAAUCUCUACUGUCUGAGCACAUACAUCCAGGCGGACGCCAUGAAGGUGGAGUUUCCAGAGAUGAUGUCAGAGGUCAUCGCAUCACAGCUGCCAAAAGUUCUGGCCGGCAUGGUCAGACCUCUCCUGUUCCACAAGUGAAGUCAUGAGAUCCAGACUGAUUCUUUCAUUUAUAAAGUUUUAUGUGUAUGCUGCCAACCUUUGGUGUAAUGUUUUAAUCCUUAUUCACACUUAUGAGGCGGAUCUCAGUUUUAUUUCAUUAUCCCCGGAUGCCGUUAGUUAUAAAUGUAUAUUUAUUAUAAUUACAGACAAAAAGUUGUUUGUUAAAAAUGGUUAUUUUGAAAUUUUGCAUCUCAGACAAGAUAAUUUUAACUGACAAUGAGAGGUGAAAUUAUUUAUUAAUCAUUAUCAUAUGUUUUAUAGACCGGGGCUAGUUGUCACAAGGACUUUUGAGUUGAAAUUACACAAACAUCUAUUUAAUGUCUAUUUUAAUUUGUAAUUAAAUAAUGUCUUCUCUAUAGCAGUGGUUAUGUGUAAUGGUGUAAACAAACAAAUUCACAUCUGUCAUAAAUGGUAAUACAUCUUUUUAAUGUCAGAUUUUAUUCUCCAAACUAAAAUCCUAAUAUCAUCAUAUUCUUUAUUAAUAGCAGUUGAGUAAACAGACACUUGCCUAUCUUGACAAAUUUUUACCGUUUUUCCACUUACAAUGUAAAAAAAACCUAAUUGUAAAAACUGUAGCCGAUUUUUAAAUUACAGAAAAAGACUGCAAAUUUACAAACAUGUAAUUUGCAUGCAUUUUUUUUACAGUGAAGGGUAUUAGUAUAAUGAUGGUAGAUUUUGGCCAAAGGGUUGAACUGUUUCCCCCAGACAGUACUUGUGUCGAUAUUUAGUCCAGAGUUGUCACAUAUAUUAAAAUGUAAUUUUAUGCAAUCCAUUAAUUGCAUUCAACAAUAUCUAUUGGCUCAUAUGAGUACGACUGUUGCUUUUAAAUGACCUUUUCAAAUAUUUUUUAAAUGCACAUAUUGUAAAACAUUCCUUUGAUAUGUCGAUAUUUGAAAAAAGUUUCCUCUGAAAUCAAUGUCAAUGAACAACAGGUUCCUAUUGUGACAGUGUUACCCAUACGCUCUUAUGGCCAACAUGUGUUGAAUAAAGUAUUGGAAAUCAAAUAAACCUCAAAGUAUGUGUGUACACAGAAAUUGAUUGUCAAAAAUGAAUUUUCCCUAAAAAUAUGCACUCAAAUAGAAUUGUGACAACUACCCCCGGCUUCUCAUUCACACCUUUGAUACCUUUAGUAUUGGGUUCUCCUCUUGCUAUAAUUAAUUAUAAUACAUAAUUUAUAAAAUGAUAAUUAAUAACAAAUUCCUAAUUCAUAAUUUAGAAGCAAAACUAUUGCAGUGUUUGAGCUGAUAAUCCAAAUCAGACCUUUUUUGUAAAAGAACAACA